AUGAAACCGAAGUACAGUUCUUUUUCAAGUCUGACCACUUCAGUGUCCGGACCACCACCACCACCACCACCACCACCACCACCACCACCACCACCACAUAGGAUGGCAAGGAGGAGAAGGCAAGGAGGAGAAGGCAAGGAGGAGAAGGCAAGGAGGAGAAGGCAAGGAGGAGAAGGCAAGGAGGAGAAGGCAAGGAGGAGAAGGCAAGGAGGAGAAGGCAAGGAGGAGAAGGCAAGGAGGAGAAGGCAAGGAGGAGAAGGCAAGGAGGAGAAGGCAAGGAGGAGAAGGCAAGGAGGAGGAGGCAAGGAGGAGGAGGCAAGGAGGAGGAGGCAAGGAGAAGGAGGCAAGGAGAAGGAGGCAAGGAGAAGGAGGCAAGGAGAAGGAGGCAAGGAGAAGGAGGCAAGGAGAAGGAGGCAAGGAGAAGGAGGCAAGGAGAAGGAGGCAAGGAGAAGGAGGCAAGGAGAAGGAGGCAAGGAGAAGGAGGCAAGGAGAAGGAGGCAAGGAGAAGGAGGCAAGGAGAAGAAGGCAAGGAGAAGAAGGCAAGGAGAAGAAGGCAAGGAGAAGAAGGCAAGGAGAAGAAGGCAAGGAGAAGAAGGCAAGGAGAAGAAGGCAAGGAGAAGAAGGCAAGGAGAAGAAGGCAAGGAGAAGAAGGCAAGGAGAAGAAGGCAAGGAGAAGAAGGCAAGGAGAAGAAGGCAAGGAGAAGAAGGCAAGGAGAAGAAGGCAAGGAGAAGGAGGCAAGGAGAAGGAGGCAAGGAGAAGGAGGCAAGGAGAAGAAGGCAAGGAGAAGAAGGCAAGGAGAAGAAGGCAAGGAGAAGAAGGCAAGGAGAAGAAGGCAAGGAGAAGAAGGCAAGGAGAAGAAGGCAAGGAGAAGAAGGCAAGGAGAAGAAGGCAAGGAGAAGAAGGCAAGGAGAAGAAGGCAAGGAGAAGAAGGCAAGGAGAAGAAGGCAAGGAGAAGAAGGCAAGGAGAAGAAGGCAAGGAGAAGAAGGCAAGGAGAAGAAGGCAAGGAGAAGAAGGCAAGGAGAAGAAGGCAAGGAGAAGAAGGCAAGGAGAAGAAGGCAAGGAGAAGAAGGCAAGGAGAAGAAGGCAAGGAGAAGAAGGCAAGGAGAAGAAGGCAAGGAGAAGAAGGCAAGGAGAAGAAGGCAAGGAGAAGAAGGCAAGGAGAAGAAGGCAAGGAGAAGAAGGCAAGGAGAAGAAGGCAAGGAGAAGAAGGCAAGGAGAAGAAGGCAAGGAGAAGAAGGCAAGGAGAAGAAGGCAAGGAGAAGAAGGCAAGGAGAAGAAGGCAAGGAGAAGAAGGCAAGGAGAAGAAGGCAAGGAGAAGAAGGCAAGGAGAAGAAGGCAAGGAGAAGAAGGCAAGGAGAAGAAGGCAAGGAGAAGAAGGCAAGGAGAAGAAGGCAAGGAGAAGAAGGCAAGGAGAAGAAGGCAAGGAGAAGAAGGCAAGGAGAAGAAGGCAAGGAAAUAG